AUGAAUAGACACCAGAUGCCGUUAUUUUUAGCCUCCAUCAUCGCGCUGUUUGCUGUCGCGUGAUCUUUGAUUAUUCUCCUAAUACGAAUAAUUCUACUAAUCCCAGUUAUUCUAAGGAUAAAGAGUUCGUCGGAUCUCUAUGGCAACAUCGACACGUCGUAGCAUCAUUGAUCGGCGACGGGCUGGGCCGCUCUUAUCGCAUAUUUAUUUAUUUCCCCGUCCCUCGUGCGCGCGCGCCGCAACGUUGUGGGAAACGUGAACGCGCCGAGUUGGAAGGCUUUCACCCACCCAUCAUGGAUUAGUCCUCGCGCAAAAAAAUACUACAUCAUAAGGCUCUGAAAGCUGAACAUGUCCACUCCGAGUGAGCUCAAGUCUCCGUGUGUGACGCGGAACGGCAUGGUCAAGCUGCCUCCACAACCCAACGGCCUCGGCUCGGCCAGCAUUACAAAGGGCACGCCGGCCGCUAAGAACCGUCUGUGCCAGGCGUCCUCGGUGCCCCCAAGCCUGCCCUACCACUUAGAGCCGCUCCCCAUGGCUGCCGACGCCAGGCAGUACGCCAAGCUGGAGAGGCAGCUGGCUCUGGACGAGAAGGUGUUAAACCGGCUGCUGUGGUACUUCUCAACAGCCGAGAAGUGCUCUCUGGCCCAGGUGUGCAAAACGUGGCGUAAAGUCCUGUACCAGCCCAAGUUCUGGGAAGGCGUGAGCCCUGUCCUGCACGCUAAGGAGCUCUAUAACGCACUGCCCAACGGCGAGAAGGAGUUUGUCAGCCUGCAGGCAUUCGCACUACGUGGCUUCCACUCCUUCUGCCUGGUCGGCGUCUCUGACCUGGACAUCUGCGAGUUCAUCGACAACUACCCGCUGUCCAAGAAGGGAGUAAAGUCACUCAGCUUAAAGCGUUCCACCAUCACGGAUGCAGGGCUCGAGGUGAUGUUGGAGCAGAUGCAGGGGCUGCUACAUCUGGAGCUUUCGGGCUGUAACGACUUCACCGAGGCUGGCCUGUGGUCGAGUCUGAAUGCUCGGCUCACAUCGCUUAGUGUCAGCGACUGCAUCAACGUGGCUGAUGACGCCGUAGCGGCGAUCUCGCAGCUCCUGCCCAAUCUGUGCGAGCUGAGUCUGCAGGCGUACCAUGUGACAGACACGGCUAUGGCCUACUUUACCGCCAAGCAGGGCUGCACCACUCGUACUCUGCGCCUACACUCCUGCUGGGAGAUCACCAACCAUGGUGUGGUGAACAUGGUGCACAGCUUGCCCAACCUGACCGCGCUCAGCCUCUCAGGCUGCUCAAAGAUCACCGACGACGGCGUUGAGCUUGUGGCCGAGAACUUGCGCAAGCUGCGUAGCCUCGAUCUCUCCUGGUGCCCACGCAUUACAGAUGCUGCCCUCGAGUACAUCGCCUGUGAUCUGCACAAGCUUGAGGAGCUGGUUCUUGACCGGUGUGUGAGGAUUACAGACACAGGGCUCGGGUACCUUUCUACCAUGUCUUCACUUCGCAGCCUGUAUUUACGCUGGUGUUGUCAGGUGCAGGACUUUGGGUUGCAGCACUUGUUUGGUAUGAGGAGUCUUCGUCUUCUCUCUCUAGCGGGUUGCCCCCUGCUGACCACCACUGGCCUGUCAGGCUUGAUCCAGUUGCAGGAUCUGGAGGAACUGGAGCUGACCAACUGCCCGGGCGCUACGGCCGAGCUCUUUAAGUACUACUCCCAGCACCUGCCACGCUGCAUGGUCAUCGAGUAGAGACGAUGAAGAGCCUGCAUCCUCCUCAUCAUCAAAUAAAAACCUUCCUCCUUCUUCAGACGAACGAACCAGACUGAUGACUAAACCCCCAAACUCAUCUUGAAACCCACGAGGGGAAUCGACGGAAAAAGUGAAAAGACGGAGUCGAAGAUGAGACAGCGCAAGAGGAACACGGGAAGCUGGUCGGAAUCUUCCAGACCUUUGUAUUCAUUGGUCUCGGCUGAUGUAGGAAAGUGACACGAAAGCGAGCGACACGAUCCGAGGCGUCAAGCUUCCAUCACAACCAUCAGCCUUCACACACGAACCAUGAACCAUGAACCAUGAAGCGAAAAAAAAAAACUUUUUUUUUUAAUGUUCUUUUUUUUUUUUUUGAGCGAAACACGAGCUGCGUGAACUCCAGAAAAACCAAGACCAGGAGAAGCUAGGAGAAAAGUAAAGAACGCAAAAGAAACUUUGAUCCUUUCCCUUCUCGCUGUAUUUACACCCUGCACUCUCUUUAGUGAACGUCGCCUCUGAGAAAAUAGAAAAUACUCGAAUUAUUAUCCGCGAACAGCCGCGUCGAUCUUUUACCCCGCGUCAGUGCUGCACGCUUCCUUUCCUGCGCUUCGUUGUCCUCCUGUGUUUCCUUUUUUUUUUUUUUUUUUUUUUUUUUUGGAAAUCUUAUUUUUUUAAAUCUAUAUUUUUUGACGAGGAUUACUGGGAAUAAAAUACCAUAGAUUUGUUGAAGGAUGUUCUUUUCACGGUGUCGAUUUUAGUGCCGCAGGUUUUCAGUAUCGAUCCUCCGCCAACCCGAAGACUCGUUGCGAUGCAGCUGCUACCGUAGAACCUAAACACGGACUAAAUGCAUGGUGCAGUUUUAAAAUCAUUUUAGAUUUUUUUUUUCCAGUGCAAAAAUAAUAUUUACUCAAAUGUACCAAUCGACGUGGAAACUGUAGAUAUUUAUAACUCGGUAUAAAUAACCACUGGCCUGCUUUCAAACGCUCGUUUUUCAGUCCGGUUUGACGGUUUACACACUGCGUCUGUGCCUCUCUCAGGCCAUCACCAGGUACAGAUACUGUAUACACACACAUACACACACACACACACAGACAACAGUGAAAAAGUUUGUGCCCCCUCCUUGGCUUUCAAACCCUGUUCUGCGCCACCAUGAUGCCAUUUUGUGCGAUUAAAUAGUCUCUAAUAAUCCUGUAUCACGCUACUGAUGAGAACAGCGUCAGGAAAUGAAAUGAAAGUUUUAUGUGAAUUUCUUUUCUGAAUGAACAGCAUUUAUGUCUGAGCGCGACACUGGUGCUGUGUGGCCAAAUAAUGAAGAGUUCUCCAGUUCUUUCUUUCUUUCUUUCU